CUCGAGGACAGAUAUAGAUCAAUCAUCUCUCUGUCCAGCUGUCUGAUCUUUACACAAAGUGCACAUUCAGAGGAAACUGACAAAAAAUCCAGCUUAGAGACUUUUGAUCUUUGCACCAUGACUGUAGAGAGCAGGCCAGAGGGCUUUAGUGAGCCUCAGCCACUGCAUGCUGAAAAUGACCCAAAGCCUCAACCUGCAGCCAAGUGCUGCUCCCCCAACCUGAAGAUGUUCAUUUGUGUGCUUGCCUUCUGCAAUUUGUCCAAAUCUAUGACUGGAAGCUAUACUAAAAGCACCAUCACACAGAUCGAACGGAGGUUUGAUAUCCCUAGUUCAAUUGUCGGCAUCAUUGAUGGCAGCUUUGAAAUGGGUAACCUGCUGGUCAUUACUGUGGUGAGUUACUUUGGUGCAAAGUUCCACCGUCCCAGGAUCAUUGGAGCUGGAGUGCUGCUGAUGGCUAUGGGCACUCUCCUAAUGGCUCUGCCCCACUUCCUCAUGGGCCGGUAUGAGUAUGAGAGUGUUGCCUCCCCUGUUAAUGAUGCUGGUAAUUUCACCGUGACCUCCCCUUGCACAGCUGGCAGCCAGAACAUCGCUCAGCAGCUCACUGCAGGAUGUGACAAAGGAGAGGAACAGGGUUCUCUUAUGUGGCUUGUUCUGCUGCUGGGGAACAGUAUCCGUGGUAUCGGUGAGGCCACUGUGGGCCCUCUCGGAAUGGCCUUCAUUGAUGAUUAUGCCAGGCCAGAGAACUCUGCCUUUUACAUUGGAUGCCUCUACACCAUCUCAGUGAUUGGUCCAUUGUUUGGCUACUCGCUCGGCUCGUAUUGUGCAAACCUCUAUGUGGACAUUGGUUUUGUAGACAAGGAGAGUGUGCUCAUCACUCCGCAGGACUCCCGCUGGGUCGGGGCCUGGUGGUUGGGUUAUUUAGUGGCCGGAGCUCUGUCUGUGCUGAGCGCAGUGCCCUUCUGGUUCCUGCCCAGUGCUCUGCCUGAAGUUCCUCAGCCUGCCGAGCCGGAUGCCAGCUCAGGGCAGCCGGUGCACACCUGCCCAGAGCAAACCAUGGUCAGCCUUGCAGAAAUAGCCAAGGAUUUUGUGCCGUCACUGAAGCGUUUGCUCUCCAAUAAGAUCUACGUCCUCUACUUGAUCUUCAAUGCCUUGAUCUUCAACGGCUUCGUCAUCAUUGUGACAUACACACCCAAAUACUUCGAACAGCAGUUUGGACAAAGUGCAUCCAGGGCCAAUUUCCUUUUCGGUAUAACCUCUAUCCCAGCAAUGUGUCUGGGUAUUUUCCUGAGUGGAGUGAUAAUGAAGAGGUUUAAUCUGGAUCAGCUGGGAGCUGCCAAGAUGGGUUUUGUGACCUACAUUGCUGGAUUUCUCUGCACUGUGCCUUACUUCGUCCUCAGUUGCCCCAACAUGGAUGUGGCCGGGAUCACUGUGCCCUACCAAAGAUCUGCACUUGCAGGAGAUGUGGAUGUCAGUUUGCUGUCAUCGUGCAAUGCAGGCUGUGGCUGUUCUCUGAACCAGUGGGAUCCAGUGUGUGGUCAGAAUGGAGUGACCUAUGUUUCAGCCUGCCAUGCCGGCUGCAACUCCACUCAUGGUUCAGGCAUGAACACAAACUUCCAUGACUGCAGGUGUGUUCAGAACUGGGGAGUGAGUGAAGUAAACUCCACAGCCGUGUUGGGACAGUGUCCUAGACAAAGCAGCUGCUCCACAGUGUUCUACAUCUUCCUGGCCCUGCAGUCUCUCAGCUUCUUUCUCUUGUGCCUGGGCAGUGUGCCUCUCUUCCUGAUCUGCCUGAGGACUGUAGAGCCUGAGCUGAAGUCACUGUCUGCAGGGAUGUUCAUGCUGGUUCUCAGACUGAUGGGAGGUAUCCCAGCACCCAUCUACUUUGGGGCUCUGAUUGAUUCCACCUGCUUGAAGUGGGGGAGCAGGAAGUGUGGAGGGAGAGGGGCGUGUAGGAUGUAUGACACACAGACUUUCAGGUUUCUGUUAUUGGGCCUGACCAGUGCUCUGCGGGUGUGUGGCUAUGUGUUCUUCUGGAUCACUGUCGUUCAGAUUAAGAAAAAGCUGCAGAAAGACCAGCAGGCCGCUGCAAACCUGGAGCUCCAGAAGCCUGUAGGGGGCGCUGCUGAAGCUCUACUGAAAGAGGACAUAGAGCAGCAGGAUGACCUGAAGCACCUAAAAGAAACAGUGUGAUCUGUUUUAAAGCUGAGACAGUCUGUCAACUUUAAUAGGCCCAUAUUCUACAUCGUUCUUCUAUUUUACUUUCCCCCUGACACCCACUUGUAACAUUUGUGUAGUUUUAUGUACUAAAAUCAUCCACAACCCAGUUUUUCAACUUCUCUUUAUCCCUUAAAAUUAAACGGGCUGUUUUUGUUACUGUU